AUGCGCGUGGUGUUGGCAGCGCUGACGGCGCUGGCGGCGCGCGCGCUCGCCGGGCCUCACGAGCACCGCGCGCGCCACCACGCGCCCGAGCACCCGCCACACUUCCCCGCGCCGGCGCCGCCACAGCCCUACCGCGGACACGGCGAGGCCGUCCGAUACAACCCCGAACUAGACACUAUACUACCCCGACUUGAAGAUCACGAGACUUCCUCCAAACGAGCAAAGUUUGAAGAUGCAGAAACCUCUUCCAAGAGAGCCAAAUACGAUGAAAGAUUCUACUCGAAUCAUGAACGAGCUGAUGAAGAGCCCAUGGCUGAUGAGCCACAGCUCGGGCCAGAGGACGACGAUCCACUCGUCGUUCGUACUAGAAAGGGAAGAGUAAGAGGCAUCACGUUAACUGCUGCAACUGGGAAAAAAGUCGACGCAUGGUUCGGCAUCCCAUACGCUCAAAAGCCAGUAGGUGACUUGAGAUUCAGGCACCCUAGACCGGCAGAGAGCUGGGGAGAUGAAAUAUUGAAUACUACGACACUGCCACAUUCAUGCGUUCAAAUUAUAGAUACUGUGUUUGGUGAUUUUCCUGGAGCGAUGAUGUGGAAUCCCAACACAGACAUGCAGGAAGACUGUCUCUUUAUUAAUAUAGUCACACCCAGGCCACGACCCAAGAACGCUGCUGUCAUGCUGUGGGUCUUCGGCGGUGGGUUUUACUCAGGAACUGCUACUCUAGAUGUUUACGACGCAAAAAUACUCGUAUCAGAAGAGAAAGUAGUCUAUGUUUCAAUGCAAUAUAGAGUUGCGUCCCUAGGUUUUCUAUUCUUUGAUACUCCUGAUGUACCGGGUAAUGCUGGUCUUUUUGAUCAGCUCAUGGCUUUACAAUGGGUGAAAGACAACAUAGCUUACUUCGGAGGAAACCCGCACAAUAUAACAUUAUUUGGUGAGUCGGCGGGGGCUGUGUCGGUUUCAUUGCAUUUGUUGUCGCCUUUAUCGAGAAAUUUGUUCUCUCAGGCGAUAAUGCAGUCAGGAGCAGCUACUGCGCCGUGGGCCAUUAUAUCAAGAGAAGAAAGCAUUUUGAGAGGUAUCCGAUUAGCAGAAGCUGUCCACUGUCCACAUUCCAGAACGGAUAUGGGCCCUAUGAUUGAGUGUCUCAGAAAGAAGAGUCCAGAUGAACUAGUCAAUAAUGAAUGGGGAACUCUUGGUAUUUGUGAAGUUCCCUUUGUGCCCAUCAUAGAUGGUUCUUUCUUAGAUGAGUUACCUGCUCGAUCAUUAGCUCAUCAGAACUUUAAGAAGACCAAUCUUUUGAUGGGAUCCAAUACGGAAGAAGGUUACUACUUUAUACUUUAUUAUCUUACUGAGUUAUUCCCCAAGGAAGAGAAUGUAGGGAUAAGUAGGGAGCAGUACUUGCAGGCAGUCAGAGAGUUGAAUCCGUAUGUGAAUGACGUUGGCAGACAGGCUAUUGUGUUCGAGUACACGGACUGGUUGAAUCCGGACGAUCCAAUAAGGAACCGAAAUGCUUUGGAUAAGAUGGUGGGAGACUAUCACUUUACUUGUGGAGUGAAUGAAAUGGCACAUCGUUACGCAGAAACUGGAAACAAUGUCUUUACAUAUUACUACAAGCAUCGCAGCAAGAACAACCCCUGGCCAUCAUGGACAGGAGUGAUGCAUGCUGAUGAAAUCAAUUAUGUAUUCGGGGAGCCUUUGAAUCCAGGAAAGAACUAUUCACCGGAGGAGGUGGAAUUCAGCAAACGCCUGAUGAGAUAUUGGGCUAACUUCGCGAGAACCGGCAACCCAUCGAUAAACCCGAAUGGAGAAUCGACGAAGAUCUACUGGCCAGUCCACUCAGCUACUGGCAGAGAGUACUUGUCGCUAGCAGUCAACUCCAGUACAGUAGGCCACGGGCUGAGAGUCAAGGAGUGCGCGUUCUGGCAGAAGUAUCUGCCACAAUUGAUGUCUGCUACCAAUAAGCCAGAACCACCAAAGAACUGUACGAGCAGUGCAGCACCAAUCAAGGUGCCGUAUGAAAUCAUCGGAGUGGGUGUAGUCAUCGCCACUGGUUUGGCCAAGACCACUAUGUUCAAGUAUAUCGUGUAA